AUGAUCAAUACCACUACUCAUAAUCCAACUGAAAAGGAAGCUGUUCCUGACAACACCUCAAAAAUGCCCUUACCUACACCUACAGUAUCUACGCCGCCCGAACCACCUGCUAUCAAAAGAAUUUCAGAUGAUGAUUUAUUUCGAUCUUCAAGUCAGUAUAGAAUUUGGUCAUUCACUAAAGAGCAAUUGAAGGAGAAGAGAGAACAAUUAAGUUCUAAAGUUUCUGCUUUAGUACGGGAAAAAAUUGAGAGGUUUUUGGCAGAGAAUAAUUCUCAACUUUCAAAUGAAGAAAUCAAUGAAAUAAGGAAUAAAGCUAUUCCAGUAAAUGCUGCGGAAGAGUUACAAUUAAUCACUUUAUAUGCACAAAAAAUACAAUUGUUUGGCAAUAAAUUGAGGUUGCCCACAGAAGUAGUGGCUACCGCUGUAUGUUUUUUUAAGAAAUUUUAUUUAGAAACGUCGGUGAUGGAAAUUCAUCCAAAAGAAAUGUUUUUCACAUGUUUAUUUUUUGCAUGCAAAUCAGAAAAUUAUUUCAUUGGUAUAGAUUCUUUUGCGAGUAAAGUGAAAAAACCAAAAGAUUCCAUUCUCAAACACGAAUUUAGACUAUUAGAAGGUUUGAAAUUUACUUUGAUGAAUCACCAUCCAUAUAAGGCAUUGCAUGGGUUUUUCCUUGAUAUUCAGAUGGUAUUGAUGAAAAAAGUAGAUUUGAACUACUUAGGCAAAGUUUAUGAAAAUUGCAAAAAUAUGUUAAAUGCGUCCUUGUUAACAGAGACUAUGUAUCAUUAUACACCGCCUCAAAUUACCUUGGCAGUUUUAUUAACAGAAGACGAGGCUUUGUGUUUAAAGUACCUUGAAGUGAAAUUUCCAAAAACCGCAGAAUCUUCAAACAGUGUGGGCUUAUAUGAAAAAGUAGUAAAAAUUAUAAGAGAAUGCCAAAAAGAUUUGAGCGUCUCAUAUAUUCCUUCUAAAGAGGUGGCUGUUAAUAUAGCAGCUAAAGUUCAUUACUGCGAUGAUCCAAUGGUUGUGGUAAAAAGACUGAAACGGAAAAGAGAUCAACAAGAAGAAAAUGCCACCUCUAUAGAUAAGCAACAGAAAAGUUCCUAA